GUUUGAUUUGCAUAAUUUCUACUUACUAGGCUGGCACGCACGGCCUAUUGAAUUGCAAACUCUCUCCUUUACUCAUAUUUUGCGAAGUACACCACAACUAAAGAUCAGAUAAUGGAAGAGGCCGAGGCGAGGGAAGAAGACACUCCAACUUUAACGAAGAAACUUCGUGAUUUUUCCGUAAAGUACGUCAAGAUUUCUGAGGACGACAUGACUCUCGCCAGAAAGUUGGUCAAAGAAUACAUAGAAAACAAGAUCAUAAUGUACUGUCAGGAGAAUUCUAAGAUUCAGAUACUAAAACUGGAGUACACUGGCAGUUUUUACGAGAAGCUGAAGACUGAAGCCGCUGAUGAAGUAGAUAUCAUGGUAGUAUUUAAAACGCAAAGAGCAGAAAUCAAGGUAAAAGAAUCCGGAGUGCCCGGGUUUGUCCUUCUCAUGGCAAGAGAAAGCUCAGUGCUACGUAAUUAUGCGUGGGAUAAUGGAUGUAUUAUCCCCAAAUGUAUCCGAGAUCGUUGGUUCAGUCUCGUUCAGCGAGCUGUGAAUUAUAUCCACGCUAAGCCACCAUUCUCUGAAGUACAUGUACUUCUGCGUAACCACGGACCAGCUGUCCAGUUAGACAUUGAAAAAAUUUUAUCAGUUGAUCUCGUCCCUUGCUUCCAAGUCGAGGGUAAAUAUUAUGUGCCCAAGCCUCUGAAAGGGAAACGAUUUGUGUCCUACCCAGAGCUUCCUUUUUGGAGGCAGUCGUUUUCGGUAGAGGAGAAGCAAGUUUUACAGUUGAUGGACAGGAGAGACCAUGGCUGCAGGCACGAGCUUCUCCGAAUCGUGAAGACCGUGGUGAAAAGACCGGAGACAUCUUUACCAAUGGAUUCCUUUUACUUGAAAAACGCCUUUAUGCACUACAUUUACGGAGGAGGCAAAGAUUGGGUGAGCGGAGACGCGUUAGGAAAGCAUUUCCUUCACUUCCUAGAGACAUUACGGAUUCAUAUGGAGAGAAGAAUUCUUCCUCACUAUUUCCUACCUGAUGCAAACCUUCUGGAUGAUUUUAAGGAAGGAGUCGUCAAGCAGAUGGCAAAUCGUUUGAGGAGGAUUCUGGAAAGCGAAAAAAGGCUAAACAAAAUUCUUGAAUAGUUUCGACCACUCUGUCUUUUUCGCGCUGUCAGCGAUAUCUACCAUUUUACCGAACUCGAGCUGCACAUUUUUUUGGUAAAGGGCUAGUUGUAAACCCACCCAAAAAAUAAUUUUUGGCAGAGAUUUGAUUUGUGUCUGACCUACCAAAUCGUUUUUAUCUUUAAGUAGAUGUCUCAUAACACAUGCAGCCGAGGUUUAACACUCCAAUCUAUCGUCAUGUGGACGCUGAAAGUUCAAAUAUGUUUGACAAACUAUAUAAAGAAGGAGCGUAAGUUUCUAAAGUAACGGUGGUUGUUUCGUCGGUGGGAGAGCGUAACAUAGUAAUUUGGUAUAGUCAACUGAGUUAGUAAAUUGGCCAAUUUACGUUAUCAGCUCAGUUGUCGACGAACAAACAUGGUGACCAGAAACAUUUGUUAACGUUGUCAAAUCUUCCUUGGGAGCAAACCAUGAUUUCAUAUAUAGUGGUAAUUAUUGAAAUGUCCCACAGACAUACGAGACACUGAUUUCUGGUACAGAAAUUUCAUCGAAUUUCAAUCCCUCCAUUUAUUUCUGAGUCAGAGUAAAAAAAUAUACACAACCCAGGUGAUGUGAACACAAUAUUGGAAGUGUAUAACGUGUUCCCUUUUUCAUCUUCUGCAAAAUUUUUUUUUUAAUUUGUCUAUCUAUUCAUUAACCUUAGAAAUGGAACUCAACCAAAUAUGAAUGGGAUAAACGAAAAGCUGCUGAUUUGUUUAAAUGCUACGGCAUGAAAACGAUCAAAGGUCAAAGUAUCGCACAUUAGAGAAAUCUUCCGCAUAUUAUCGCUUGCGAUAUAAUUUUGGCGUGUAACUAGGCAGAAAUUAAUUUACCCGUAGAGAGCAAUCUGGAAUUAGGUGUGGAAAAUCAUGAUCAGUCAGAGCUGUUUUACUUAUACCUCUAUGACUUGCCAUCUUCUACCAACCAGAUCCACAACUAAAAACUGUCACAACAAAGUCCUUCAGAAAUCGGGCGACUAAGAUUGCGGUUAUAUCACAUUUGAUUACGAAAAAAACAAAAAAACAAACAAACAGAAAACAAAAAUCAAAUUCUUUUACAAAUAACACUUUCCACCACCUAUCCUGAUACGGUAACUUAAAAUGUCCAAGCCGAAUCAUGAUUUGCUGCAACAGAAAAGAUGCUCGCAAACUUGGAGCAAAUUUACUCAGACAUAUCAAUCAGUUCAAGCU